UUGGUGGCAGUAAAACGCCUAACGAUGGUUUAGCGAAUGUAGAAUUAAACAAAGAAGAGGAAAAGCGGCAGAAUCAACAACGCGUGGUGUGCUUGUGUUUUUGAAGUUUGUCCACCUCUCAAUUUUGAAGAACAGAAAUGAGCGAAACUCCUGUAACGUUCACUUCAUCAGUGUCAAAGGGAUGUUUUGUUUUUAAGUCAACCUCUAAAAAGAGAAAGAGACAUGUUGGUGGAUAUUUGGUGGAUGGUAGUGACGAUAACGGAAGCGAUCGCUUUAGGAUCUGUCAGAAAUUAUGGGAAACGGUUCAAAUGAACACAGAGGUAAUACAAGAUCAGUUGAAUAAACAUGUGCUUGACAGUCUAGUCGAGUUUAUUAAAAAGCAUGACCUCGCCAACUCAUCUGAUGUCUGGAGACAGAGAACCAGUGAAAUCCCCACAGCCGCUCUAAUGCUGGGGGUAAAUGUGCCGGAUCAUGCCAUGACAUUUCGAAGUCUGUGUAAUCUCCUUCAGGAUUCUGUCACCCCGUUUGUGGUGUCUGUUCAUGCCAAAGAAUGUGCAGCUGUGAAGCUCUUGAUUCAGAAGCUUCUAGAGCAGCUGAUGGGAAAAGGAGUGUCUGUGGAUGAAGAACAGGAGGUUGAAACUGCUUUACUGCAAAGGACACAGUGUACUAUUAGUGCUCUGUGUCAGUGGUACAAGACUGUUACCAAGAAAUGCCCGCAAGUUUCUCCGCAAAGGAAAGAAAACUUGAAAAAUAAUGACUUGCCUCGGAGUUUGCCUGUUGUUGUGAUCUUCAAAGACUUUGAGGCAUUCAACUCUCAAGUUUUACAGGAUUUUAUCCUUAUCUGCAGUCGAUACACCCAGGAGCUUCCAUUCAUCUUUAUUUUUGGCAUUGCCACAUCUCCCAGUGCUAUCCAGCACAGGCUUCCCCACUCGGUGUCAUCUCUGCUCUGUAUUGAGGUCUUUCAGUCUCUCUCAUGUACUCAGCAUUUAGCCUCUGUUUUUGACAAGCUGAUUCUGAACUCCCAGUUUCCAUUCAAGCUCAGCAGUCGGGUGAUUCAGGUGCUGGUGGGCAUCUUCCUCUACCAUGACUUCUCGGUUCAAAAUUUUGUUAAGGGCCUACAGUUCUCUAUGUUAGAACACUUUAAUGGCCAGCCUCUCAGUGUGCUUUGCUGUCAGAAGAAAGAGGCUUUGCUUUGUGCCAAGACAUUGAGCCAAAAAAAUGUGGAAAGAAUCCGUCAUCUACCCUCAUUCAUGAGGUAUGUGGAGACUCAAGAGCCCCAGGAGCAGGUGCUGCUCCUUACCAGUGAUGAACAUGUCAAGGAUGUAUGUCAAAAAUUACUGAAAAACCUCCAUAAAUACCACAAAAAUUACUAUCCAAUUCUUCAAUGUCUGCACUCUUUGACAUCAUUACUGCCCAAGUUUCCUCUCGGAAAGCAUAUUCGAGAACUCCAUGUAUCCUGCAUUGAGAAGAAUCUGUGGGAGACGGAGGAAUAUGACUCAGCCAUGCAGCUUCUGAGGAUUCUUGCAAAAGAUGAGCUUGUUGCAGCUUUAGAGAAGUGUGCUGAAAUUCUUAAAUCUGCCAAAACCAAAAGAAUGCAGAAUGUCCUGCAACAAGUGGAAGAUUUUAUUGGCAGAUUAGAAGCGCUGGAGGGUGUCACUUCAGAAGAUUGCACUGGGGAUGGUGUCGUCUUGGAGAAGAACAGAAGAACAGAUCUCUUUCAGCUUCAAAAGACGCUGCUCGGGAAAGAGUCCCGAAGGACAAAGAGAAUGAAUCCAUAUGAAGUGCUUCGAAGCCAGGUGAUCGAGUUUAUCGACAGCCUUGUGCGAGAAUACCUGACUCCAGCAGAACUCCAGCCACUCAGUGAAGUGUGCUACUACAGUUCCUCAGGGGUCCUGCGCCAGCGACUCAAUGUCACCCCUCGCACAUCCAUUCAGACGGCUCUCAGUCAUCCUUUCCACUACCUGCAGAAUGAAAGCCUGAAAACGAAUGCUGGCACAAUCUCCAGUGCUGCUCCAGACCUCUGCAUCGUGUACAAGCUUCAUCUCGAGUGUGGAAGACUCAUAAAUCUAUAUGACUGGCUUGAGGCAUUUGUAACUGUGAUGUCAGCUGCUGAGGACCAAGAUGCUGAUUCGGAGGAGAAUGGCAAAUUUGACAGCCUUAAGCAUGCUCGUUUCAUUCAGGCUGUUUCUGAGAUGGAAUUUCUUGGCUUUGUUAAAUCAACAAAACAGAAAACUGAUCAUGUGGCCAGACUGACUUGGGGUGGAUGUUAAAGAAACAAUUUACAAAGCACCGUUUCCUGAACACAAGAGAUAGGCCUGACAUUCAGAAAAUAAUGUGUAUGCUUUUUGCACUACAACUGUAUUACAUG